AGGUUAUAUAUAGAAGAAUUACGUUACUAAACAACAACAUAACCUUUAAUCAACUGAAUUGGUACUGAUAGGGAAAUCGUCUACCAAAAACAUUUUAUUCGUUAUUAUUGUGAUAUAUAUUAUUUGUAUUCUAUUUAGUUGGCCUAUUUCAUAGUAAAUUCAACAGUAUUAUCAUGGUAAAAAUCGCAAAACCUAUAGUUAUUGGUAGUGUUAUAGGUACUGGAUUUGCAGGUGCCCUAAUGAUAAAGGAUCAUUUUGGUGGAAAGAAAUAUGAGGAAAGUACUAAUGCAGAUGGCAAAGUCAUAGUUAUCACAGGUGCAAACACAGGCAUUGGUAGAGAGACAGCCCUGGAACUUGCAAAGAGGAAAGCUAAGGUUGUGAUGGCUUGUCGUGAUAUUAAAAAAUGUGAGAAGGCUCGAGAAGAUAUAGUUUUACAAAGUAAAAACAAAUAUGUGUAUUGCAGAACAUGUGACUUAGCCUCUCAAUCGUCUAUUAGGAAGUUUGCUGAAAGAUUCAAAACAGAACACAAGGAAUUGGACGUUUUGAUAAACAACGCUGGGGUAAUGAGAUGUCCACUUUCAAAAACAGAAGAAGGAAUCGAAAUGCAGCUAGGAGUCAAUCAUAUGGGUCAUUUUCUACUCACUAACCUUCUUUUGGAUAGGUUAAAGCAAAGUGCACCUAGUCGGAUAGUGAAUGUAUCUAGUACAGCACACAAACGAGGGAAAAUUAACAAAGAAGAUUUAAACAGUGAAAAGAAGUAUGACGGAGGAGAAGCCUAUAACCAGAGUAAACUUGCUAAUUUGUUGUUCACAAGAGAGCUUUCCAAGAAAUUAGAAGGGACUGGUGUGACAGUGAAUGCUGUACAUCCUGGCAUUGUUGACACUGAGAUCACCAGACAUAUGAGCUUCUUUAACAGUUACCUUGCUGCGGUGAUCAUUAAACCAUUUGUGUGGAUGUUCAUCAAGACACCAAGGCAAGGUGCUCAAACUGUCCUGUACGCCAGUCUCAGCCCAGAUCUUGAAAAGGUGUCUGGUAAAUAUUUCAGUGACUGCAGAGAGGCAGAAGUGUCUACAGAAGCCCAAGACGACACCACAGCUCGGUGGCUAUGGCUGGUCAGCGAAAAGUGGACAAAACUUGCUGGAUAAUUUCAUUGAUAUAGUAUUUUUUGUAAAUAGUAGUAUACUACAUUUAUCAUAUAAAUAAUAUUAUUCAUGUUA